GUGUGUGAGAGAGAUUCCUCCGGACUCCACCCUGCUGCUCCUCACUUUUCCAGGAAAUGUCGUUUACAUCUGUCCACUGCAGCUCAACACGACAGACCUGAAAACAGUCCUACCAAACCGCGUUCACCAAACAUCUACAGCACUUGGGAGUGUUUUGAUAAGCAGUGAGGGCGUGGCUGGCAGCGGAGAGCCCUGCAGUUUUCUCGUUUUAUCGCUGGGAAUUUAAACGACCAGGUCGCGUUUUUUGUGUUUUUACGUUAGCUCUUACUUGGUGAAAUGUCCAGGUCAGACUACCCUCCAGGGUACGACGACUCCCGGGGCCCGCUGUAUGUACCUCAGGGUGGGAAUUACCCACCACCCCCUUCGUAUGGCUUUCCUGCCUUUGGUGGUCUACAGCCAGGCCAGCCCUCUGCUCCCUACCCCGCUGGGCCAAAUGCCCCUCUGUACCCAGGCCAGCCAGGGGGCUAUCCGCCUGGUCCUUACCCAAGCCAGCCACGGGGCUAUCCGCCUGGUCCUUACCCAGGACAGCCUCACCCCGCUGGGCCUCCAGGAGCUGGCUACCCGAGUCCCCCUCCCAUGCCCCCUGUCAUCCCACCUACCAUACCAGCAGAUGUCCUGAACUCAGGUGAUGGCUUUGCGGCGAGCGACAGCAAUUGGGACAGUCUGAGCAUUCGGCAUGCCUUCAUCAGAAAGGUGUAUUUGAUUUUGGCGUCUCAGCUGCUUGUCACCACAGCCAUUGUGGCUGUGUUCACAUUUGUCCAACCUGUGAGGUAUUUCGUGCAACGAAACCAGGCUAUCUACUGGGCAUCAUAUGCUGUGUAUUUCAUCACCCACCUUGUGCUGGUCUGCUGUAAGGGCCCCCGGAGGAAGUUUCCAUGGAACGUGAUUCUGCUGUCCAUCUUUACGCUGGCUUUGUCUUACAUGACUGGAUCCAUUUCCAGCUACUAUGACACAAAAGCAGUGUUUCUCGCUGUGGCUAUCACUGCCGUCGUCUGCAUCGCCGUCACUGUGUUCUGCUUCCAGACAAAGGUGGACUUCACAAAGUGCCAGGGCCUCUUCUGUGUCCUGGGGAUCGUAAUGUUUGUAACUGGCAUCAUUACAGUCAUUGUGUUGUCCUUCAAAUAUAUUCCGUGGCUUCACAUGCUCUAUGCAGCUUUAGGAGCCAUAGUCUUCACUCUGUUCCUAGCGUACCACACACAGCUGCUAAUAGGGAACAGGAAGCACUCCAUCAGUCCGGAGGAGUAUGUGUUCGCCGCACUCUCCAUCUACGUCGACAUCAUCCAGAUCUUCCUUUUCCUGCUGCAAAUUAUCGGCGCCUCGACCAAAUAAGAAGUCACACGACCAGCUUGGGUCAACAGGGUGCAGACAGGUGCCCCACAGCAGAACCGCUGCGUGUUUUUAUAAAACAUUUGCUUUGUUUUCAUUUAGAACCAAUACAUUUAUAAAAUCAGGAUGCAUUCCAGGGAAGGGCUGAAUCUGAGAUUUCCUCAUAGUAUAGGUUAAUCCUAUGCACACAAAAUGCACUUUUUUUCUGAUAUCAAUAUUUGUCUACAUCUGCACUAAGUAACUUACAAGUGGUUAUAAAAAGAAUAUUAAUUCUACAAUAUAAAUGCUCCAAAUAUCUAUAGACACUGGAAUGCCAGCUGCAACAUUUAGUCACCCUAGCUCGACUUAAGUUACGGCAUAUAGUGUCUGAGCGAUGUACUGCUAUAAAUGAACUGGGUCUUAUCUGCACAAAUGUGCAGAAAAUUAGCAAACAUUUUUGUUCUAAUGUUCAAACUCUUAAUUUGCCAUCACAGAAGCCCACCUCUCUGGUAGGCAUUGAAGUACAGUAGGGAUGGGCAGUUCCACAGAAUAUGGUUUCCAUAUAAUGGAUGUUUCAUAAUAUAUCAAGUGAAUGAAUCUUUAAUAGGCUCCUUCUAAACAGAUUUUAAUUACCUCAAUCAUUUUUCAGACAUUAGGCAUUAAUUUAAUAUUUGCUGGUAAUUGCUUAAAAAAAAGUUCCACAUCUUGAGAAAUAGGCUAAUUGCUUUGUUACCAAAUGUUAGAUGAAAGUAUUGCUACCACUCUUUUGUACUGUCAGCUGCCCUUAGCUAAGACUGGUAACGGGAAGCCCGCUAGCCUGGCUUUUUCCAAAGAGAACAAAAUCUGCUUAUCAGUGCCUCUAAAGCUCACUGAUUAUACAUCUUGUUUGCUUGAUCCAUUUUUUAAAAAGUGUACAAACAUAAGGUUGUGCUUUUAUGGAUGUUAUGUCGGACGUUUGUUGUCUUUUCACAGCGCAAAGCCAACUGCUUCCCUGUUUCCAGUCUUUAUGCUAAGCCGCUUCAUAAUUACAGUACAGACAUGAGUGGUAUCAAUCAUGUCAUGUAACUCUCAGCAAGAAAGUUAUUCCAUGUUUUUCUCUAAAUAGUGAACUCUUACUUUAAUUUUAAGCAAAUCAGAAGGUAAAACAGGGUUUAAUGGUAAAUAACUAAGGUUUGUGUGAACUCUCCGAACUAUCGAGGUGAUCGCUGCAGUGUUUGUGCCUGAAACACGAUGUAACAUUUGGUAUUGAUUGUAAUGACAUUAGUAUGGAUACUCAAAACUACAUUAAGUAUUGAUACUUUGGUGAUUGAGCUGCCCACCCCUGAAGUCUAGCUCAGUACACCUCGUGACCUCAGAUCUGCUCUCAUGGCUUCAUAUUAGCAAGCCUUUGCUGAUGCUCUUCCAUACAUACCUUGUUAUAUUGUAACUAUAUAUAUUGUACAUCACUAUAGUGCCUUCACAAUGACUGUUUCUGAGAUUAAAUUUUUUGACUUUAAGAAGCUUUUAUAGUAUAGUUGAUGUAUUCUUGUGUUACAGUCAGAUAUUAAGUGACAGCAGGGUGGAUAUUUCCUGAUAAAGGUGUACAGUCCUAAAGCUCAGGAGAUGAUCAACCCCACCCAGCUGGUCCUCCACACAUGUUCAUAUUCAUUCUAAGUUUAGACCCAAGUUCCAUGUAACCCUUGACUUUAAACAACUAAGGCAAACAUUUUGAAAGUGCAGUGCACCUGUAAAUAUACAUAUCAAUGAGGAAAACCUGCCUGCCUUUUCAUAUCAAAUAAACAUUUGUAUUUGUGA